GCGCGCUCCGAGGCCGCUCCUGAGCGGGCCGCGCGCGCUCUUGGCGGGAGGCGGAGGCGAGGCCGCGGCUUGCUUUGGCCCGAGGAGCUUAGAGGAUUGCUAAAAUGAGUCUGCGGAAACAAACUCCCAGUGAUUUCCUAAAGCAGAUCAUAGGAAGACCUGUUGUAGUAAAGCUAAAUUCGGGAGUUGAUUAUAGAGGUGUCCUGGCUUGCCUGGAUGGCUACAUGAAUAUAGCUCUGGAACAAACAGAAGAAUAUGUAAAUGGACAACUAAAGAAUAAGUAUGGGGAUGCAUUUAUUCGUGGAAAUAAUGUGUUAUAUAUAAGUACACAGAAGAGAAGAAUGUGAAGAUACCAAGAAAUGAAUAAUUUUUGUAUUUUCAUUUAAAAAAAUUUACAAAUUUUGUUCCUAUUUUUGUUAUGUAAAUUUUCCUGUUUUCAUUAUAGCUUAUGCACUGACUUGGGGGGAGAAAGUAGCACUAUUAUAAACGUAUAUAAACUAA